AUGAAACCAUCAUUAGAAGCGUCAGAACGGCUUUAUCACUCAGAGCUCCUCUCUGAUAUCCUUCCCUGCCGCCUGCUUCCCUUCAGGAACCACAUCGCUGAGCUUGUGGCGGAGGACUGGUCGAGUCUGCGGGACACCCUGGCGACGCUGUUUCUGGGCGAGAACGAUGUCGACCACGUACCGAGAGAGGUCUUCAGCAGGUGCAGGCGACUCAUCUGGCUCAACCUUGAUGUUAACAACAUCCUCACCCUUGAACGAGAAUCCCUCCCCAAAAACAUCCAGACACUCAGCCUGAACCACAACCUUUUGUCGGGCUUCCCUUCUGAGGCAGUGAGCAACAUUCAAGAUUUGACAUGGCUCUUCCUCAGGGGUAAUCUCCUAGAUAGACUUCCGGACACUGGCUUUAUCCUACCCAAGAAACUGGAUAAGCUCGACCUGGGAGAAAACUUCAUUCGUUUCAUCCCCAACAACCUCUUCAAUAACACUGUAACUGCACGGGACCUACACCUCGACUUCAAUCUUCUGACCGAAAUACAAGACGAAGCAUUUAAGGGUCUCAACCCUGGGCGCCUCUACCUCUCCGCAAAUAACAUCAUGAAUAUUACUGAACAAGCCUUCUUGGGUGGGCCUGAGCACUCCCUAGUCAUGCUGGACCUGGAGAAGAACAAACUCGAGUCCGUCCCAAAGGCCUUGUCACACUUAAAGAGACUUCGAUAUCUGUAUCUCCCGGACAACCAAAUAGCAGAUAUUAAAGAUGAUGUCUUCCGUUCCUUUUGUGAAUCCAUGGAGGCCCUUAGCCUGUCUGGAAACCAGCUAAAGGCCAUCCCUCGUGCUGCCUUGGAGAACUGCAGCACAAUCGCACACCUCAAUCUGGGGCAUAACCAAAUCACGGAAAUCCAUGAGGAUGAUUUUGAUACCUGGGGAGAUAGCCUUGACACUCUCAUUCUAAGGAACAAUCGUAUUUACAGUAUCCCACCCCAUGCCUUUAGAUACACACCAGAGCUUAGAGAACUCAGUCUUUCGUUUAACAGAAUCGUUGAUGUUUCUGCAGAAUCUUUUAUAGACAUUCUUAAUACUCUUGAAGUUUUGGAGAUAAGUUUAGGCUUUUAUAGAGACGAUUUCCCAGAAGAGGUCCUUAAGCCUUUAACAGCACUGCAGUGGAUUGCUUUGGAUAAUAAUAACUUCAGAACGAUAUCCGAAACUGCUCUCUACUCCUUUGGCGAGCUUAGAUAUUUCAACAUGGAUUCUAACCGACUUACAUAUAUACCAAAAACUCUCUUUCAUCAGAAUGUACACAAGAAUCUUAGAGAUAUUAGACUGGCUCUCAAUUUCCUGGAGAGAAUUGAGGUUCACACUUUCCAUAAUCUUGUUGGUCUUAGGACUCUCGUUCUAACAGGAAAUAAAAUAAAGACUGUUCACUUCGAGGCAUUCAAAGCCUUACCCAAACUAAGUACCAUUUUGUUAGCAAACAACGAAAUAGAGACCAUAGAACCUCGGGCCUUUUCAGAUCUUCCAAACCUCAUGGAACUUGACCUGCAGCAUAACAAAAUGAAAGAGUUGUCCCUGAAUGCAUUUUCUAAUGUGACCAGCCCAACAACACCUCUUGCCCUCAAUAUUUCGUACAAUGAUAUCCAAGAGUUAUCCCUGGAUGUAAGUCAUAAUGCUCUUAAAGAAGUGCCUAUCAACUUUCUCGGAGCUUUUACUUUCUCCAUUCAGCGUCUUGACCUCGGGUACAAUCUCAUUAAGAAACUCGACAGCAGCGCCUUUGGGCCUUUGGGCACCCUCCAGAUGCUCAUCCUCGAACACAACGGCAUUAAACAAAUACGUCCUCGUGCGUUUUCCUCUCUAGAAAAAGUCCAGCUCCUUGAUCUCAGUCACAACCACUUGGAGAACCUACCACCAGAGUGCUUUACUGAUGUUGCAUUCCUUCGUGUUCUUGAUCUCUCCUACAACCAUUUGCGCUCUCUUCCCAAUUCUGUGUUCCGGGGCACACAGCUGGAAACCAUUGGACUUUCACACAACGAGUUUGUCUCCAUGCCCACUGCGGGCUUCGCAGAGGUGGAGGCGACCCUACAUUACCUCGACGUCUCAAACAACCACUUAGAGCACUUGGACAAUACAAUGUUCUACAGCUUCCCAAACCUUAUCGAACUCAACCUGGCCAACAACCGGCUCACGAUACUACCCGACAACGUGUUCAUCAGCCUCACGAGUCUCAUUAGUCUCGACCUCAGCGGUAAUCCAGUCCGAGCCAAUUUCAAGGAACUGUUUCACUACACACAGAACGUCCAGAAACUCAACUUGGCCAAUAUUGGAUUCAGUUCCUCACCCAUCAUCCCGCUCCCGAAUCUCAAUUCCCUUAACUUGUCAGGAAAUUCAAUGUCAGAGAUCGAAGUCCAGUCAGUUGAGAGUCUGCGUCAGCUGAGAUCGUUAGACUUAUCACAUAAUCAACUGAAGCACGUGAGAUCUCGUCUGUGGAGACAUAUGCCCUUCCUGAAGUUCCUUGAUUUGUCGUCAAAUCCAAUUGAGUCAUUGACAAAAGACAGCUUCGGUGGAGCUGCCAGCAUCGAGACUCUGGUACUAAGCAAUCUUAACAAAAUCAAACGUUUUGAUUACGAUGCCCUUUCUCACAUGACGUUCUUGAGAGAACUCUAUAUGAAUACCUACCCAAAUAUCGAGAAAUAUAGAAAAGAAGAUAUAAUGAGGAAAUGUACUGUUUUUGCUAUCCUCGAGGAGCCUGCUGCAAAGUUGGGGCAUAUUCUGUUGGUGUUCCUUUGCCUAAAACUUCAAUCACCCCAGGUCGCGGGUGUGACCCGUUUUACACCCACUGCCAUGAGCGUCUCUCCCAAGAGGCCGAAAGCCCGAUCAGCCCCAUUUUCCAAUGCAUUUCCGUGUGCGAGUGAAGGGCCAGUCGGUUCCCGUAACAAGGCUAAGAGGACGAGCCGGAGCCGCGCGCUGGCCCUCCUCUCCAGCGCACGGAAAAAUUUUGAAAACAUAAAUGAGAUAUUUGCACAAGUAUCACAGGGGGACAGAUCCACCCCCCCCCCGGGGCCCCCUCUUUCUCCCUCAGGCGGACUGGCUCUCGAGGGGAACGACUGGACCUGCGAGUGCUCCCUGGUGUGGCUCGGACGCUGGCUCCGGCGCUGGCUCAGGGAGACGCUGCAGAUCCACACGGCCAUGCUCAAGGGCGCGCAGCAGGUGCACCGCCUGGCGCGCGCCGCCACGUGCCACGAGCCGCGGACGGGCCAGCACGUGCCGCUCCUCGACCUGCACUCGGAGGACCUAGGCUGCCACGCCUCCGCCCUAAGCGAUUCUGGCCAAGCUCCGCCCACAGCCACGCCGACUGCCUUCGUUGCCGCCCUCGUGACCACACUCCUCCUCACGCCCACGAUCGCGCUCUUCCUCGGCUCUUGAUGAUAAUGGGAGGUGUGGAGCUUAUCAUCAUAGGAUACUGGUUGUAGGAUUAGAUGGGGCGGCGUGCGGGACUCUGCCUCCGCCGGUGCGUGGCGCCGCGAGGACAGGGCGCUCGGCUGCAGGCCAGGGCGGGGCGAUGGUGCUGGCGCGGCGCUCGGGGACGAGCACGCCGCUGCCCAAGGGAUCUUGCGGCACGGAAACCAUUUACUAGUUGUUAGUAUGUGUAUAUGCGUGUGUGUGUUUUGUGUGUGUGUGUACAUACUACACACACACACACAUACACACAACACACACCACACACACCACACA